AUGCGGAUUCAGCUUCUUGCGCGCUCCUCAGCAUCUAACAAAGACUUCUACAAGAUUUUUGCCAUUUUGUUUAUCAUAAUCUACUUUUUCUUGUGGCUUUCCAAGCCUAAUUGUGACGAAGAGUUGAGCUGGACUGCCUGUGACAAAAAUGUUAUCAAACUAAAGAGCGAAGUUACAAGAAAUGAUUCAGCUAAGCGGAUGGGGAGAUAUAUUCUGCCUGAGUUGAUACGGAAGGUUUACGUGGACAGAACUCGCGCUGAGUUUUUGAAGCACUGGUGUCGUGAAAGACAUGCCAGGUUAGACUGGGAGGCCAUGUUGUCUCCCUGUGCAGACCAGAUCGCCUGGAACUCUCCAAGGAGCAAAGAAGAUGCUACAGAUCCCAACACAAGCGUUAUCUCACUCUGGGAUAUUAGACCUGUAGGUGAAUACAGUCGUUUUAGCAUUCGGUCACAGACUGUAGAAGGACAUCCAAAGAGACGGGGUGGAGACACAUGGAGAGUGGUUUUAAGAGGCCCGUCGUCUAUAUCCCCAACUGUAAUUGAUCAUAAAAAUGGAACAUACGAGGCGUUGUUUCUAGUAAUGGAAGCAGGUGUCUACAUAAUGAACAUAACUUUGGAUUUUACUUUGUGUAAAGGUUUUCUCGAUCCUCCAGUUGACUGGUUUAUUGUUGGUAAGUCCCUUUUAUCGUUUUCAGCGCAAACCUACCUACAUGUCUAUAAGGCAGACACCUCACUAAGACGGACACUAGAGUUGAUCCCUGCUCUAAAACAGACACCUAGAGCUGCCCACUGACUUUCUUCAGUCCUUUUCUUUGACUAUGCAUAAGGCGGACACGCACUGGUCCCAACGGUGUUCGUUUUAGAGAACUGCAGAACCGUCCGCACUCGAGAGAGUGUAUUAAAAAAACGAGGAACGAGGAACAGGCUCUGGGGACGAGAAAAUGGAAAAUGGAAACAAAGAAUUAUAGAAAUUAAGUUACUGAUAGGGCUGGGGUUUAAGAUUGGUUUUGUUCCCACUUUUGAUAACCCUUCCUCUGCGCUCAUUCUCCAUUUCCCGUUGCCUGAGCAUUCCCCGUUUUAGUAACAUCUCUUGAGAGGUGCUAGCUGGCGUUAACAGAAGGAGGAUCGACUGUAUGCUUCGACUCAGUUGGCCUACGAGCGUGUUUGAACUUACUUGUUAAGAUAUUACCACAACUGGUCGUAACACUGAUUAUUGCUUUUUUUAAAAAAAAAAAUUCUCAAGGAAACGCGCAGGGUAAAAACCAGCGGCACUUAGGAGUUGAAGGAAACAAAGACUUUCUCCAAGCACCACUCUGGAGUGGAAAUCCUUUGCAAAUAACAGUCCCACCAGCCGAGGGCGGUAAGAUACAUUUGAGCUUGUCUGCUUGUUGUAGUUGAUGGACCAGUGAAAGUACUGCAUUUAUAGAAACGUCUAAAUGGCCGACUUAUAGGAAUAUUGCAGUUCUGUUGCUUUUUGUAAUGCAGCACUCAGUUUUCGUGGUGUUUAGGUAACUUUUGCCGUGUAUUUUUAUCGUUAUUUAAGGACGCCAGUCGCUGUCCAGCAUUUCAGAGGCAUAUUUAAGCGGAAUUAGUGGUGCACAUUGUGGUGUCACGUGUAAUUUUAUGUGGGACGGUUAUGGCCGUUGGGUGCAAGACACCUGGAAAUCAUAUGUUAAAGGUAUGUGUCGAAGGGAAAAAGGUUUUUCAAUAUUUAAAGCAACUUAGUCGUUUAAGGAGAAAGACGAAGAGAAGAGGUGGCCGUGAGGUAAGGCUUGAAGAAAAGAUAACAGGAGAGAGGUGGAGGAUGGAGUGGGGCGGAGUGGAGGGACAGAAAAAGACUUGGAGAUGAAAGGAGAACACUCUCAGUUCAGGAGAUGAAACUCGUUGGGAGAUGAAUAACAUGAGAUAAGUAAGUAAAAAUAGGGAGGAGAAAGCAGAAGAGGGGUGGGGUUGAGGGGAAAAACCAACCAGGCAAGAGUGGAGGAGAGGAAAGAGUAUUGAUACAGGUCCAGGGAAAGAAAGGAGAGGAUAAGGGGAAAGAAGAAAUGAGAUGGGGUGAAUGGGAGAGAAUUGUUAGAAGUGGCCAUGGAGAAGAUCGAAGGGCUGAGGAGACUAGAAACAGAAAAGAAGUCGGAAGGACAAAGCAUAAAAAGGGAGGAUGGAGGGGUGAUGGGAUAAAGGAGCUGUUGGAGGAGGGCGACGGAAGGGAUAGAGGGAGGGAGAGGAUAAGAAAUGUACAAAGUGGAAAUGUCCAGGCCCCGAUUGUUCAAAAGAUGGAUAGCGCUGUAUAAAUCACUAUCCAGUGGAUAAGUAUUAGGAAAAGCAAUUGCGCUUUCCAGUGGAUAGAGUUUUAUCCGGUGGAUAGCGUUAUCCACCUUUUAAACAACUGGGGCCAGGAGAGUUAAUCAAGAAGGACCUUGUAGAAGGCGAUAAAAGCUCGCUUUCAGUUUUCCAUGCAAUUGUCUUUUCAGAGUCACAUCGUUAUCAGCAACUCCACAGCAGGAAAUUAAGUACCUUGUGGGUUUAUGGCGAUUCCGUCAACGUCUUCUUUGCACACUCGCUAAAAACGCGAAAAAUUUGUCGGGAAAUUUUUAAGGAGUGUAAUUACAGCUACAACUGGAUUUAUCCAGUUCACAACAUUACAGCUGCCAGGAGGGAAAAUGAUAACUUAGAUUACGACAACGAAAAAGUUUUGCAAACGUUUCGUCAAGUUUUUGAGCGUCCUGAGAUGGAUGAAAGAAGUGCAAUUAUACUGAACUUUGGUCUUCAUUUCGUUGAAAGCGUAAACUUUUCAAAUUACAGGCAACUUAUCGAUGGUUUGGUGAACGUGCUGCAAGGUAAACAUAAAGCCAUGAGAUCAAAUGUAACCCAAAGAAAGUAUCGGGGAACAGUGAUCUGGAAAACUACGACAGCGAUUAAUAAGGAAAAAGCCAGUAAUAUUCAUCUUGGACAUAAGAGAUUUAUAACACAACAGGUAGGCGCUUAUUGCGACGUUAGAGGCUAUUCACAUGAUAUCGGAAUGACUUUCAUUCUGGAACGAGUUCAUGCCAUCUCCAUUUUAUAUUUCUCUGCAUUUGUUUGCAUGAUACCGAAACGACAGUUUUUUUCCCGUACAAGUCAUUCCAGAAUGAGUUCAUUCCGGUUUUCAUUCCUAAUAGAAUUCUCGUUCUACUACGAAAUUUUCAUCCUGGUAUCAUGUAAACUGAAAAGGAAUUUUGUUCCCAACACACCCAACACACGCAACGGUUGAGUGUUACCCGAACAUUUUGAAGUCGGAUUCUCUGAAGGUGCCAAAGUUGCCUUUCCGAUUGUCACUAAGAGCUACAAACUCAUUGGCAAUACAAGUACAAGACAAAGUUUGUCUGUUCUCUGUUUGUGGGUGUUCAGUAUUGUCAGAUAACUAAACCUUGUAAGUGACAGAUCUGGGGCACCAAAGUAAAACAAAAAUUAUUUUACCAUCCGAAAAAGUGGAUGGGCUAAAGCCCGCCCAGCAUUGGCAACAGCUACAAGACAAAGUUUGUCUGUUCUCUGUUUGUGGGUGUUCAGUAUUGUCAGAUUACUAAACCUUGUUUGUGUGGUAAGUGACAGAUCUAGGUGACCAAAGUAAAAAAAAAAUUUUACCAUCCGAGAAAGUGGAUGGGCUAAAGCCUCCUCAACCCCCACCCCCUGCGCGGUCCCUGUGUGGAUAAUUCUUCAAUCUGAUUUACUCUCUCCCUACAGCGCAUCUUGCUUUUCAACGCUUUUGCGACCUCACGCAUGUGCAAAGCAGGAUUCAAGGUUCUUGAUGUCUUCCCCAUAAGCAAUUCUUACCCUCAAGGGACUGGAACUCACGGUGCCAAGGGACCAGUUAAAAACGAUAUCGUACACUAUAGUAACUUGGCCUUCAGUCCAGUUGAGGAAUUGUUGGAGCAGUAUUUUGGCGGAGAUUAA